UUGUGGACGAAUAGCAGGACUUUUGGGAGGAGCCUGGCUGUAAGGAGGGUGAAGUACCCUCAGCAUCUCUCCUGAGCCAGUUGCGCACUUUCCACGCUGGAGAUGGAAGAUGCUCAAGAUGACAACGGAUCACAAUAGUGAAAUUUAGCAGAGAAAAUGAAGAUUUUCACAAUGGGUUCCGGUGCAGACGAACAAACCUAGAUUUCUUUCUUGAGCCAGACAGAAGAGACUUACUUUUUUCUGCUGCAGACACAGAAUCAGACUCAGCAGGGAUCAAGCUUCCAGAAUAAAGCACCUCUGCACAGCCAGCAUGCCAGUUCUGAACCGAGAUGCCUCCAAAGAUUUAGGCGGCGGUGAUGUUCUGCCGAAGCUGCCGCUGCCGGCCCUGACAGACACAGCAGAGGUGUACCUGAGGUGCAUGAAGCACCUGCUCACAGAGGAACAGUUCAGCAGGACCCAAAAGUUAGUGGAGGAGUUUUGUGCCCCUGGUGGAGUGGGGGAGCUAUUACAGAGCAAACUCGAGGAGAGGAAGGAGAGUGAGGCAAACUGGGUGUACGAGUUCUGGCUGAAUGACAUGUACCUGAACAACAGACUGCCUCUGCCAGUCAAUUCCAGUCCUGCUAUGGUGUUCUCACAGCAGAACUUCAGGGCUCCCAUCGACUCUUUACGGUUUGCUGCACACUUAAUUUCUGGAGUUCUGGAGUACAAGACUCUUCUUGAUGCACAUGCCCUGCCUGUGGAUUAUGCCCGGGGUCAGCUAGCUGGAACGCCUCUGUGCAUGGACCAGUACUAUCGUCUUUUCACCUCCUACCGUCUACCAGGGCCCGAAAGAGACACGCUUGUGGCCCAGAAGAGCAGCGUGAUGCCAGAGCCUGAACACAUCAUCGUGGCCUGCAAAAAUCAGUUCUUUGUGCUAGAUGUGGUGAUCAACUUCCGUCGACUGAAUGAAAGAGAUCUGCUGACUCAGCUGCAGAAGACUGCCAAGAUGGCUGCCAGCCAAGAAGAACAGCUCCCACCUAUCGGUGUCCUCACCACAGAUGGACGCACUGAGUGGGCGGAGUCUCGCAGUGUGCUCAUGAGAGAGUCUACCAACAGAGACUCUCUCGAUAUGAUUGAGCGCUGCCUGUGCCUGGUCUGCCUGGAUGAGGCAUCUGGGCCUGAGCUGAGCGACGGCACACGAGCCAUGAUGAUGCUGCAUGGAGGAGGAGUGGCCAAAAAUGGCGGCAACCGAUGGUAUGACAAGCCCAUGCAGUUUGUUAUAGGCGCUGACGGCUGCUGCGGGGUCGUGUGUGAACACUCGCCAUUUGAGGGAAUUGUCCUUGUGCACUGCACAGAGUAUCUGCUUAAAUUCAUGAUUGGCAGUCCUUCAAAGUUGGUCAGGGCUGCCAGUGUGAGUGAGCUUCCUGCCCCUCGCAGACUCCGCUGGAAAUGCACUCCAGAGGUCCACAAACUCCUGAGCUCUUCUACUGACAAACUCCAGAGGCUGGUGAAAAAUCUAGACAUAAAUGUCCAUAAAUUCUGUGAAUAUGGGAAAGAGUUUAUUAAGAAGCAGAAAAUGAGUCCAGAUGCUUACAUCCAGCUCGCCCUUCAAUUAGCGUACUACAGAUGUCACGGCAGAGCCGUGCCAACUUACGAGAGCGCAUCUACACGUCGUUUUCAGAAAGGCAGAGUGGACAACAUCCGGUCAGCAACUGCCGAAGCGCUGGCCUUUGUCAAAGCAAUGACUGAUGCAAAUAUACGCAAAAGUGCUGCAGAAAAGAUGGAGCUGUUACAAGGUGCCAUCGCAGCACAGACAAAGUACACAAUUUUGGCAAUUACAGGGAUGGGAAUAGAUAAUCACUUAUUAGGACUGCGUGAAAUUGCACAAGAACUGAAGUUGGAGAAACCAGGGAUUUUCAAAGAUGAAGCCUAUGUCAUCAGUAAUCAAUUUAUUCUUUCUACAAGUCAGGUGCCGACGACUGUUGAGAUGUUCUGCUGCUAUGGACCUGUGGUUCCGAACGGUUACGGCGUGUGCUACAACCCUCAGUCAGAACACAUCAUCUUCUCUGUGUCAAGUUUUUACAAGAGCCCACACACGUCUUCAGCAGAGUUUGUCAGCGCUCUGGUACAGGGACUCCUGGACAUGAGGGAUCUGUGCAACAAAAAUAGCUCAGGCAAAAAUGUCUCCGAGCAAAAAAUUAGUCAGACGUUGGAGACGCACACACAAACGGAAACUGAUCAGCAAAGCAACACACAGCAGAGACCGAACAAUCUGAUCAAUUAUCAGCAACCGCUGCCGCAGGUUCUGGUGAGGUCAGCAGACCAGAACAAAGCGGAAGCUCAAACCCAGACGUCAUGACGAGGACAACCGCAAGCU